AUGUUAGCAGUUCAGGUGUUUGCAUCCCACGAAAACUGUACUGACAGCAGCUUGGAUCAGCACCUCCGCUUGAAACGAUGGCUCACAUUUCAGCCAAACGGCGGAGUGGCCAAGCUGCUGGUCGGAUUUGUGGCACCAGUCCGGUGGGGCCACACCCUGAGACGUUUACUCAACAUGGCCAUAAAUAUACAGGCGAACUACGCCAUCCCGGCGGCGAUUAUUUGGCCCCAUCCGGAAAGUAUCUUCAAGAACCGGCUGAACGAGGGCUCGUACGAGGAUCGCAGCCGGGCCCAGUUGUACCAGCUGAUGGAACGAAUGUUUCACAAUUUCGGCCGGAAGGGGCGCGAGUGCGUGCUGAGGACCAUCUGCGAGGUGGCCGAGAGUCCGUUGAAGCACAAUGGAAUGAUCGGAGAGAUACUGGACGUGGUUUUUACACCUUACGAUUCGGAUGAUAUUGAAGAAGUUUACCAUCAAGCAAAACUUAACGGAGCCUCUGGAUUGGAUUGUGUGGAAACGUACAAGGACUGUCCCCUGGGGCACGGUUUGCUGGAGCAAAUCACGCUCCUUUUUCACAAGUACGAGGUACAAUAA